GGAAAUAGCACCAGCUCGAAUCUCAUAUUUUAUCUUAUCCCUAGUUGGUUUUGGCGUAGCAGACACUGACCCGCAGCGGAGAGCAUCGAACCUGUUGAUAUUGUACACUAUCUUGAUCAUCAUCCUGGCUACUUUGACCAUCGGCAGCGAUUUGUAUUACCAAUGGGGAAAUUUCGAUGUGACGCAUCACUGAAAUCAUUCGUUAAUUUAUACUCAUUGAUUUUUUUCUCCGCAGGCAAUGACCUACUCAGGUAUUACCAUGCUGACUAUUUUGAUAAUAACAAUAAAGUUUUACGCAGCACUGGUGAAUCGCACUUGGUAUGAGAAUCUUCUACGACUGGCACCGCAGGCAUUGUGGGGAGAUGUGGAGACUGAUUACGAUAAGGGAGUGAUGAAGAAAUGUGAAAAACAGGCUAUGAUUUUUGUAUGUGCUUUUGCUUCGCUCGCCGGUAGUUCUGGUUGCCUCUACAUCUCUGAACCUAUUAUCUUUAAUAUCCUGAAUAAUAUUACGAUACCAAAGGACCGAACGCUGAUCUUCAAGAUUUGGCAGGACUGGCCAGUCUACGAGACACCGAAUUACGAGAUCAUAUUCUUCAUUCAGGCACUCAUCACCACUCACUUGUGUGUUUUGUACUCUUGUUUCGAGAGUUUUCUCGUGCUCAUCAAUACCUUCAUCACCGGUCAUUUCACGAUUCUGAAAAACAGAAUGGAAUUUCUGUACAGUCACCAAAUCAUAACAAGAAUGAGAAGGAAUAGCGUGGAAGAAGCAGAGAAGGAUUCUCUAGCCGACGUUUCCCGAGAGUUCAGGAGCUGCAUUAGAAAGCAUCAAUUUUUGAUCGAGGUGAUAGAUCAGGUGGAAGGAUUGUACGCGAUAAUGAAUCUGGCUUCAGUCAUGGUUCACAGUAUCAUAAUCUGCCUGUGCGGUUAUCAAACAAUCAUGCCAGGCAAUCCCAUAUUGAGACGCAUAAAGUUUGGUAUCUACGUAACCGGAUGUCUCAGCCAACUCUUCUUCUUUGCAUUCACCUGUAACAAUCUCACGUUGGGCAGUAUGAGCGUCUCUGAUGGGCCCUACAACUCCAGCUGGUACAGUGGACAGUCCUCUCAGAAAGGUCGAUCACUCACGAAAGAUUAUGUAAUCAUGAUCAUGAGGGCCCAACGCCCAUGUCGCCUGACAGGCGCUGGUUUCUUCGACAUCACACUGGACACAGUUAAAUCGGUAAUAACCACUGCCUUCUCAUAUCUAACGUUGAUAAGACAAUCGGCGAGCUAAUCAUUCAUGGAAGACUGAUUAAUGUUGUUCAUGUUAUGUCCAAAUGAAUAAAAAUGUCUGAUAAGUUCUCA